AUGUUUAUAAAUGAUGUCAAGUUGAAGAAUCUUUCUGAAUCAAUUGAGAAUUUAGUGAAGGGCUUUUUGAUUGAAUACAAAGAAUUAAUUCAAUGCGGCCAACCAAGCGAGACCAAAGAUUGUACAUCUCUACACACAUAUGUUGUUGCCUCCAGGCGGGAAGAAAUUAAUGCCUCAAGUUGA